AUGAAAAACAACAGGAAAGUCGGGAACGAAGAUUCCACGAAAUGGAUGUUAGAGAGUGUCGAGAUACAUCCAAAUGGUGAGCAUUCGGUGAAACAAUCUGAAAACAUAACCAAUGACAAUAAUCAGGAGAGUAGUGGUGGUGGUGGUGGGAUCUUGAAGAAUGUUUCAAAAAAUCUCGGUGUGGGAUCAAUCAGGUCGAUGAGCGUGUCAAAAUGGAGAAAGAGCGGUAAUCUCGGGUCCCCAAGCACGAGGAAGAGCGGAAACUUGGGAUCCCCGCUCCCCGUGGCCCUAGAAAAGAAAAUAGGGCCACAAAGAGUUAAGAGGACAACGUCUAGCGCGGCUAGGGGACUACAAAGUCUGCGGUUCCUUGAUCGGGCAGUCACAGGACGAGAACGUGAUUCGUGGAGAUCAAUCGAGAACCGGUUCAAUCAGUUCGCCGUUGAUGGAAAGCUUCCCAAGGAAAAAUUUGGCGUUUGCAUUGGAAUGGGAGAUACAUUGGAGUUUGCGGGAGAAGUAUACGAAGCAUUGGGUAGGAGAAGAAAAAUAAACACAGAAAAUGGGAUUGACAAGGAACAACUCAAGUUGUUUUGGGAAGACAUGAUUAAGAAAGAUCUUGACUGUCGACUCCAGAUUUUCUUCGACAUGUGUGACAAGGACGGAGACGGUAAGCUAACAGAAGAGGAGGUUAAAGAGGUCAUAGUCUUGAGUGCAUGUGCUAAUAGGCUAGCGAAUCUCAAGAAGAAUGCUGCCUCUUAUGCUUCUUUGAUCAUGGAAGAACUCGACCCCGAUCACCACGGUUACAUUGAGAUGUGGCAACUCGAGGUGCUAUUAACAGGGAUGGUCGCGAACCCUGACUCACAUAAAACGGCGAGGAAAUCGCAAACGCUAACGCGAGCCAUGAUCCCAGAACGUUACAGAACGCCGGCUAGCAAAUACGUUUCAGUAACCGCUGAGCUAAUGCACGAGCACUGGAAGAAGAUUUGGGUCGUCACAUUGUGGCUCGCAGUCAAUGCCUAUCUCUUCAUAUGGAAAUACAAAGAGUUCACCAUAAGCCCACUUUAUAACAUCGCCGGACGCUGCGUUUGUGUCGCCAAAGGAACCGCGGAAAUGCUUAAAUUCAACAUGGCUAUAAUCUUGGUCCCCGUUUUACGAAGAACCCUAACGUUCCUCAGAUCUACUUUCUUGAGCCACCUAAUCCCAUUCGACGACAAUAUCAACUUCCACAAGAUGAUAGCUGUGGCGAUAGCGGUUAUUUCCUUGCUCCACACGGCACUACAUAUGCUAUGCAACUACCCUAGGCUAGCCGCUUGCCCUUACGACGUGUUCUCCAAGUAUGCGGGAGAACUCUUCGGGCUCAAGCAACCGACCUAUUUAGGUCUAAUGCUGACCCCGGUUUCGGUCACAGGAGUUCUGAUGAUUUUUUUCAUGGGAAUUUCAUUCACACUUGCGAUGCAUCACUUCAGAAGGAACAUAGUGAAAUUUCCUAAGCCGUUUAACGUUCUUGCUGGUUUUAAUUCGUUUUGGUACGCUCAUCAUUUGCUAGUUAUUGCCUAUGCUCUUCUCAUCAUCCAUGGUUACAUUCUUAUCAUCAAGAAGCCUUGGUACCAAAAGACGACAUGGAUGUACGUGGCCGUACCAAUGGCGCUGUACGCGAGCGAAAGGUUGUUCUCACGAGUUCAAGAACACAACCAUCGUGUCCACAUUAUCAAGGCAAUUGUGUAUUCAGGCAAUGUUCUUGCUCUCUAUAUGACAAAACCUCAAGGGUUCAAGUACAAAAGUGGCAUGUACAUGUUUGUCAAGUGCCCUGAUAUCUCCAAAUUCGAAUGGCAUCCAUUCUCCGUCACUUCUGCGCCCGGAGAUGAAUAUUUGAGUGUUCACAUAAGAGCCUUAGGAGAUUGGACCAGUGAGCUUAGGAACAGAUUUGCAGAGACAUGUGAGCCUCCUCAAACUUCGAAACCUAGUCCAAAUAAUCUUAUUAGGAUGGAAACAAGAGCAAGAGGUGCAAAUCCUCUCAUUGAAGAAUCGCAAGUCUUAUUUCCAAGAAUUUUCAUCAAAGGACCGUAUGGUGCUCCAGCGCAAAACUAUGAGAAGUUUGAUAUCCUUUUGUUGGUCGGACUAGGUAUUGGUGCAACCCCAUUCAUAAGUAUACUAAAAGACAUGUUGAAUAAUCUCAAACCGGGUAUUCCAAAAACUGGGCAAAGGUAUGAAGGAAGUGUGGGAGGUGGGAGCUUUGGAGGAUCUACUGUAAAUGGAGGUAGGAAGUUUCCACAAAGAGCAUAUUUUUAUUGGGUGACAAGAGAGCAAGCUUCUUUCGAAUGGUUCAAAGGAGUUAUGGAUGAUAUCGCAGUGUAUGACAAAACCAAUGUGAUAGAAAUGCAUAACUACCUAACAAGUAUGUACGAAGCAGGAGAUGCAAGAUCUGCUCUAAUAGCUAUGGUCCAAAAACUUCAACAUGCCAAAAACGGUGUUGACAUUGUCUCCGAGAGCCGAAUACGAACCCAUUUCGCAAGACCCAAUUGGAGAAAGGUUUUUUCUGAAUUGUCAAGCAAGCAUGAAACUUCUCGCAUAGGUGUGUUCUACUGUGGAAGUCCAACGCUUGUCCGGCCACUAAAAUCACUUUGUCAGGAGUUCAGUCUCGAGUCGUCCACUCGCUUUACCUUCCACAAAGAGAAUUUCUGA